AGAAUCCUAUAACCUAGCUCAGCCCCGAAGCAUGACCUUUGGCCGGUCUGUGCCCAAAUUGCUGACAGACCAUGGUUCCUCUCUUGUCUGGGUCCUAGAGACGCACUAGGUCGGCUCCACAGCAGGCCAGGCUCCGCUCCGGAUUCGGGCAUGGCGGCGAAGCUGAGCGUGGAGCCCGCGGGCCGCAGCUGCUGGGACGAACCGCUGAGCAUCGCCGUGCGCGGCUUGGCCCCGGAGCAGCCCGUCACGCUACGCGCGGCACUGCGCGACGAGAAGGGCGCGCUCUUCCGAGCCCACGCGCGCUACCGCGCGGACUCCCACGGCGAGCUGGACCUGGCGCGCGCGCCCGCGCUGGGCGGCAGCUUCUCGGGGCUCGAGCCCAUGGGGCUGCUCUGGGCCAUGGAGCCCGAUCGGCCUCUCUGGCGCCUGAUCAAGCGCGACGUGCAGACGCCCUUCGUGGUGGAGCUGGAGGUGCUGGACGGACACGAGCCCGACGGCGGGCGGCUGCUGGCGCGGGCGGUGCACGAGCGUCACUUCAUGGCUCCCGGGGUGCGGCGCGUGCCCGUGCGCGAGGGCCGGGUGCGCGCCACGCUCUUCCUGCCCCCAGGACAAGGACCCUUUCCAGGCAUCAUCGAUGUUUAUGGUGUUGGAGGAGGCCUGUUGGAAUACCGAGCCAGCCUUGUGGCUGGCCAUGGCUUUGCCACAUUGGCUCUGGCUUUUUAUGGCUUUGAGGAUCUCCCCAAAGAGCUCAACAUCAUAGAAGUGGACUACUUUGAAGAGGCAGUGCGCUACAUGCUUCGACACCCGAAGGUAAAAGGCCCAGACAUUGGGCUUCUGGGUCUUUCUCUAGGAGCUGAUAUCUGUCUGAUCAUGGCUUCCUUCUUGAAGAAUGUCUCAGCCACAGUUUCCAUCAAUGGCUCUGCAUUCAGUGGAAACAGACAUAUCAAGUACAAGCAGACCAUGAUUCCACCAUUGGGCCAUGACCUGAGGAGAACGAAGGUGGCUUUCUCCGGCAUUCUGGACAUUGUGGAUAUACGGAACGAUGCUGUAGGAGGCUGUGAGAACCCCAGCAUGAUACCAAUAGAGAAGGCCAAGGGCCCCAUCCUCUUUGUUGCUGGCCAGGAUGAUCAUUGCUGGAGGAGUGAGUUAUAUACUCAGAUAGCCUUGGACCGGUUACAGGCUCACGGAAAGGAAAGGCCCCAGGUACUCUCUUACCCUGGGACUGGACAUUACAUUGAACCACCUUACUUUCCCAUGUGCCCAGCUUCCCUGCACAAAAUAGUGAACGAAGCUGUGAUUUGGGGAGGGGAGGUCAGGGCUCACUCCAAAGCCCAGAUAGAUGCAUGGAAGCAAAUUCUAUUCUUCUUUGGCAAACACCUGGACAGUACCCACAGCAGAGCCUCCUGUAGACUGUAGUGAGUUUGUCUGUAACAGACAUGGUAGCUUCAAGGUCAAAUGUUAUAAUCAGUUCUAUGUGAAUCAGUUUUCUGCUGGAUUACAUGAAAUUCAUGUUUAGGGCAUUAAUGGCUUAUUAGUCACUGUACUGAAUAAGUUAUUAAUCAAUAUGGUUAUUGUACUACCAACCUGUGCUUGUUACAGAUUCAGCUAUAUGUGAUAUAAUGAGUUAAGUUUAAAAACAGUGACCUCUUUCUAAAAGGUAUGAUCUCUUCUAAGUUCAGCAUUUCAGUGGUAGUUGCAGCUGUUUUUGUUCCAUUUGUUGUUUUGUUGCUUUUGGGGACAGGACCUCAAACGACCUCUGGCCGUCCUGGAACUUGCCAUGUACGCACAAGGAUUGAGGCCUUGAACUCACAGGGAUUGUCACGCUUUUGCCUCCUGAGUGACAGGAUUAAAGGCUUGGCCCUACCUAGUUAAUACUUUAACUCCUGGAUCAGCUUUAAAGACAGUGGCUGCAGCUGCGGCUGCCUCAUUUCAUGUCAACUUGACAGAAGCUGGAGUCAUGUGAGAGGAAGGAGCCUGAUGUGUAUGCACAUACACCUGGAUAUACAUGUGUGUACCUUACACACACACACACACAACAACAACAACUAAAACAACAACAAAAAUGAUAAUUUUGCCAUUUCAAUGGAGUAGAUCCAGCCUUUAAAUAAUUUUUCAAAUAACAUUUCUGAAAAUGCUUCUCACCUGUGUUGAUUAAACAGCAAAGAAACAAAAAGUUAUGUUUUCUAUUCAAGGUCACUUGGAGCCUUAUUAUUUUGUCCCAUUCAAGCUACAAGGAAAUGUUAAGAGUGACUCCCUAAAGUUGAGACUAAAAAGGCAAUAAAGAAAGGAAAAGAAA